AUGUAAAAAAUUGAUCAAAAUCACAAAUACAACUUUGAAUUAGAUUUAGAACUUAAAGCUGUAUAAAAUGAAGAUUUUGAAUAAGAAUAUUUAGAACAUUGUCUAAGAGAUACUCGUAGAAAAUUAUCAAUAAAAAAUAAUCAAUACAUUCAUAAUCAAACAAAAAGUGAUAAAAGCAACGAUGGUUAUGAUUUCAGAACACCCAAAUUAACAACACACACAAAUCUCAAUAACGUUGUCACUUCUGAAAUAUAACAAAGUCAUACAUUAACUCCUAAAUAGGUAAAUUAAGAGAAACCAAUAAGCACAGGUUCUAGUAUAAUGCAAUUCUUUUUUAUAAGACGUUUUUUAGAAAAACUGACCUUUCAGAGUAAAAGAUUGUAGAAUUUAAACAUCACUCAUUUAAAUCUUAUAGAUGAUAAAGCCUCAGAUAAGUAAUGAUAUUCUAAUAAUUCUGUAGAGCUAGUUUAUUAGCUUAUAAAUAAACAAAAAUUUAAAAAGGAUUAACAAUCAAUUAACUAAAUAGAAUUGUGUAAACGAAUAUAACAAUAAAAGAGAGAAAAUGGGAAAGUUUUAAGAGAAAUUUAUAGGAAAGUAAAUAAAAAACAAUAAGAUAAAUAACAAAUAUUGCUAAUAAAAUACCUCUUGUAUAACCAGAGAAUGAUUUCAAACUUUAUUGGGACAUAUUUGCUUCAUUUUUCAGAGUAAUACUUGUAGUUCUAGUGCCUUUAGAAAUCUCAUUUCAUACUUAAAUUCUAUUUCAGGAUUAUGUAGGACUAACCUUAACGAUCCUAUUUAUCUUACAAUUUGAUUUAUUUAUUAGAAUCAAUACUCUUUGUUAUGAAAAUGGUAAGGCUAUAACAGAUCGAUGGGAAAUCAUUAUCCGUUAGAUAAAUAAAUCUUGGUUUACAGAUUUCUCAUUAAUAAUAAUCAUAGUUGUAUUUAUAUUCAAUUCUAAUGCCUAAGAUGGUUAUGAUUUGUUUUUACUCAUAUUGUUAACUCAAUAUAAACAUAUUUUUGAGGCUUUAUCAAAAACAGAUUAGAUCUCUUAUUUCACUAGACCAUAAAGAGGGAUUAUAGGAUUAAUCAAAUUUAUAACUAGUUUAUUUUAUAUAAUGCAUAUAUUUAGUUGUAUAUGGUUUUGGUUCAGUAGUAUUGAUAAAUCUAAUUCAUGGAUUGUAACAAAAGAAUUAGAUGGAUAGACUUGGUAAUUAUAAUAUCUAGAAUCAAUUUACUUUGCAAUAGUAACAAUGUUGACAAUAGGUUAUGGAGACAAUGUUCCUAAAAAUUCAAUAGAGAAAAUAGUUACAAUAAUAUUUAUAUUGGGUGCUUGUAAAUUAUUCAAAUUAAAUUAUAAGGUUUAUGGUUCUCUUACAGUAUAAAUUUUAUUGGUUCAAUAAUGAAUGACAUUACAUAAAAUUAAGUGGAGAGGAGUUAAAAGAUGAGAGUAAUCAAUAAAUAUAUGACAUAAAGAAAGAUUCCUUUUAGUCUUUAACAUCAGUAUAUAUAUCAAUUAUAAUAAAUUUAGAGUUAAGGAAUACUUAACGUAUAGAUGGAAAGAAGAUGAUGAAGUGGAUUUAUAAAUGGAAUAAAUCUUAUUGGAAUAAUUAUCUGAUGAACUAAAAGAAGAGUUGGAGAAACAAGCUUACAAAGUCUUUAUCCAAAAAUCAGAAUUAUUAUAAAAACAAUUUUCUUUGGAAUUUAGAAAUGCUCUAUUUAAAUCUAUUAAACGUAAGAUUAUUUAACCAUAACAUACAUUUUAAAGUGAAAUAAAUGGAUAAUAACAUCUUUGUUUUGUAGAGUAAGGUGUUUUACUAUAUUAACAUAAGGAUAGAAAAUAGAGAUCUAAAAUGAAUGCUUCUGUUCAUUAAGGAUAAUUUUUUUGUGUAAGAGAAUUCCUUAUGUAAACUCCAGAAUAUGAAAUAUUCAAAGCUCAAAGUUAUGUCAGUUUACUUAUCUUAUCUAAACAAGAUUUCUUAGAAACAUUAAGAGAUUUUCCAGAUGAUUUUCAAAAAUACUGUUAAUUAAGAGAUUCAUAUUCAUUAGAAAAUGAAAAUUGUUAAAUUCAAUUUAGUAGUUUCUGUCCUGCUUGUAAUAAUUUUGAUCAUUCUUUGAAAAGUUGUUGUCAAAUAUAAUUGAUUCUUAAUAAAGAGGUCAUUAUAAAAAAACAUUAAAUGAGUUAAGAAUAAUAAAGAUAACUUUACUUACGUAAAACAUUUGAUAAACCUAUUCAAACUAGAGCAGAAUUAACAUAUGUUUAAGAAUGUGCUCUAUACUUUUAAACAGAAAAUUAAAAUUAAAUAAAUGAAUAAUUAAAACUUUAAUUAGUUUAUGAUUAAGAAAAUGACUCAUUUUAAGGCAAUUCAGAAAUACAUAAUAUUUAUGAUCCUAUGCCUUCUGUUAAUAUUUUUUAAAUUAAUGAAAUAUUAUCAAGUCCUCUAAAACCUGUAUAAAAUAAAACAUUUCCUAAAGUAGAAUUUGAAGAAGAGAAAUAAAAAGAAAAAAAUGAAAAUCACAAAACCAAUUUGUUAAUGGCUUAAAGUUAAAGAAUUAAUAGAAAAGGAUCAUUACCUUCAAAAUAACUUUAAAGAAGAAAUACUAAAUCUCCAUCUAUAUUAUUCUCAAUGAAUGAAAUUGCAGAAGAAGCAAAUGAAACUACAUUAAUUGUAUAUGAAAGUGAUCGUAUCAAAAAUGUCAAUAAUUUUAAUUUUUAUAUGAAAGAGAAUAUCAAAUUGAUGUAUAAUAAACUUUUAAAGUUUUCAGAUGAUAAAUCUAAUUCAAUAUAUUAAGCAUUAAAUUCAUUAUAAUAUAUUUAUUGGAAAUAUAAUGCUGUUACAAUUGAAGAUUUUGAAUCCAUAUUUAAUUAUGAUCAUUACUUUUCAUAAUCAAAUUCUAUAAAUACAAUAGAAAUGGCUAAUAAAAAUUUGCAUGCUUGGUAAUCAGAAAUCUUAAGUAAAUUUUCAAAAUAUCUUUAUUAUCCUUAUUAAUUUAUCAAUAAAUUCUUGAAACUUAAAAGAAUUUAAUAAUAAUCUGCUGCCAUAAAUGCAGCAUCCAAAUUCAAAAAAGUUCAAAAAAAAAUUUGGUUGAUUCAGUUAAGAAAUAAUUUAUCCUCAAAAAAAUUAAUUUCAUCUUCUAAAAAUAUUAAAUUAAGUAAAUCAAAGAUGAACUCAAUUGUUCCAUAUUCUGGAGAGAGCUUACAAUCUAUCUAAAUAAGCUAAAGUUGA